AGGAGGCGGAGGAGGAGCGGGAGGAGGGCGAGGGAGGGGCGCAGGAGAUUAGUUUGGGAAGUAGCGCCCGGCGCUCAUCCGAUCCGCGCGGCCGCGCCGGCUGUGUCAAGUUACAGAGGCGCCAGAAUCGGCCCCAGCGCGGCUCACUGCAGCCACGACCCACCUCUGCCCAUGGGGCCCUGCAUGCGUGCCCCUUCGCCCGGGGACUGACACCCGUUCUCCCCGGAGACACAAAACACCCAGAAGGACCCCGAGCGUCGCACCAGCCCGAGAACUCUGCAGAAGAGAGAAGGGAAAGAGUGGGGAGCGGGGCCAGAUCCCCGAACUUGGAACAUUCUUCGAAAUAACUUUUUUCUUACUUUGGCGUACUCCGAUCGCGUCUGCUGGUGGCUCUUGGCUGCUCCCGACUCCGACUGCUCAUUUUCGGUCCUCUUUGGCGAGCAAAGGAAAGGGACGUCCUCUAGCCACGUUAACCCCCUUUCCCCUUGCCUCUCAGUUUGGAUCGCGCCUCUUGGAUCUCGUUUUUAUUUAUUCUAUUUAUUUAUUUAUUGGCUCUCAAGACGCGAGGGCAUGGUGGCGGAGCGCACCCGCAAAGCGGCAGCCUCUGGCAGCCGCGGCCCUGGGGAGCUGGGCGCUCCGGGGCCCGGGACAGUGGCGCUGGCUGAGCAGUGCGCUAGGCUGCCGAGCCCCGGGUGCUGCGGACUGCUGGCUCUAGCGCUGUGUUCGCUGGCGCUCAGCCUGCUCGCCCACUUUCGGACCGCGGAGCUGCAGGCCCGGGUGCUGCGCUUGGAAGCAGAGCGCGGGGAGCAGCAGAUGGAGAAAGCUAUUUUGGGACGAGUCAACCAACUGCUGGACGAGAAAUGGAAGUUCUACUCGCGUAGGCGCCGGGAAGCCCCGAAGAUGUCUCCAGGAUGUAACUGCCCACCAGGACCUCCUGGUCCCACUGGAAGACCUGGACUCCCAGGGGACAAGGGUGCCAUCGGGAUGCCUGGACGUGUGGGUAUCAAAGGUCAACCAGGCGAGAAGGGUGCCCCUGGAGAUGCGGGGAUGUCCAUCGUCGGGCCUCGAGGCCCCCCUGGCCAGCCUGGUACCCGAGGUUUCCCUGGAUUCCCGGGUCCCAUUGGUCUUGACGGCAGGCCGGGCCACCCCGGACCUAAAGGGGAGAUGGGCCUGGUGGGUCCUCGAGGACAACCGGGACCUCAGGGACAAAAGGGAGAAAAGGGUCAGUGUGGAGAGUACCCACACAGGCUGUUGCCUCUACUCAAUUCAGUGCGGCUGGCUCCACCCCCAGUCAUUAAAAGGCGGACCUUUCAGGGGGAACAAAGUCAGACUGGCAUCCAAGGCCCUCCAGGGCCACCGGGCCCCCCAGGACCAAGUGGCCCUCUGGGACACCCAGGACUGCCAGGGCCUAUAGGGCCACCUGGUUUACCGGGGCCUCCUGGACCAAAGGGAGACCCAGGGAUCCAGGGCUAUCAUGGCCGCAAGGGAGAGCGGGGCAUGCCAGGAAUGCCAGGCAAGCACGGAGCCAAGGGGGUUCCUGGGAUUGCCGUGGCUGGGAUGAAGGGUGAGCCAGGGACGCCAGGAACCAAGGGUGAGAAGGGUGCAGCAGGCUCCCCUGGCCUCCUGGGGCAGAAGGGAGAAAAAGGUGAUGCUGGCAAUGCCAUCGGAGGAGGCAGGGGGGAGCCUGGCCCCCCGGGGCUCCCUGGGCCCCCUGGGCCAAAGGGAGAAGCUGGUGUUGAUGGCCAGGCUGGGCCCCCAGGACAGCAAGGAGACAAGGGGCAGCCAGGAGCAGCUGGUGAACAGGGACCCUCUGGCCCCAAGGGUGCCAAGGGUGAACCCGGCAAAGGAGAGAUGGUGGAUUAUAAUGGCAGCAUCAACGAGGCGCUUCAGGAGAUCAGGACGCUGGCCUUGAUGGGGCCUCCUGGUCUUCCUGGACAAACAGGCCCACCCGGACCUCCAGGGACUCCAGGCCAAAGGGGGGAGAUUGGACUGCCAGGCCCUCCAGGACACGAUGGGGACAAGGGGCCUCGAGGAAAACCAGGAGAUAUGGGGCCGGCUGGUCCUCAAGGACCCCCAGGAAAGGAUGGGCCUCCAGGAAUGAAGGGAGAAGUCGGACCCCCAGGAAGUCCAGGGGAGAAAGGGGAGACAGGACAAGCAGGCCCCCAGGGUCUAGACGGCCCAACUGGGGAGAAAGGAGAACCAGGUGACGAAGGGAGGCCUGGAGCGACAGGAUUGCCUGGGCCCAUCGGGCUCCCGGGAUUCACAGGAGAGAAAGGAGAAGCUGGGGAGAAAGGCGACCCGGGAGCAGAGGUUCCUGGGCCGCCAGGGCCAGAGGGUCCUCCAGGACCUCCGGGCCUCCAAGGUUUUCCUGGACCAAAGGGAGAAGCAGGCCUAGAGGGCAGUAAAGGAGAGAAGGGCUCCCAGGGAGAAAAAGGAGACCGGGGGCCUCUGGGAUUGCCUGGAGCUUCAGGUUUGGACGGCAGGCCUGGGCCACCGGGUACUCCAGGACCAAUCGGGGUUCCAGGCCCAGCCGGACCAAAGGGCGAAAGGGGCAGCAAAGGCGACCCAGGGAUGACGGGACCAACGGGAGCAGCUGGGCUGCCUGGUUUACAUGGACCACCCGGGGACAAAGGAAACCGGGGCCACCGAGGUUUUAAAGGAGAGAAAGGGGAGCCGGGGCUACCAGGGCUGGACGGACUGGAUGCCCCAUGCCCACUGGUAUGGCAUUUCCCUCCCUUGCCUGCGUGGCCAGUUUGGGCUACCCCACGUGUGUGGUGUGUACCCGCGUGCCUCCUGAUCCUCUUGCUCUGCUCUCCCAGCUCCUCCUUGCUGACCAGGAGUCACCUUGCCUAGAACAUUAGUGGCUCCCAGCCUUGUCACCCUCUUGCAUGCGACAUGCCCAGUGGCAUUUUCUUGGCAUCCUCGUGCAACUGCUUCUGAAGCACCGCCCCAUCAUCCCGCCCACCCCAAAGCCAGUCUCGGCUGCAUUGCAUCCUCAUUGCCUGGUGACUGCUUCUAGAACAUUCUGGAAGCUAGGGAAGCGAAUGAGUUGGGCAGGCUUUUUUACAACUGAUUGCUUUGCCUCCGCACAGUGCACUUAGCCCUGAAUAUACAAGCUAAGCAAACUAACAAAACACAGGAGUGAGCUGCCAGUCACCUGCUUCCCCUGACCCAGACCCAGACCUACCCCACCCCACAGUUUGGCAGGGACAUGGGGUUGCUUCUGGACAGAGAAGUUCUAUAAUUAAGGUGGUGGUAGAGACCACCCUGUCUAUUCUUCCAGGCUAGAUCCCCUUGUGAUAGCUCAACUGUCACCAUCAGAACUAGAUUAUGGUCCAGCAUCAGAUAUUAGAUGCUAAAGACCUAGAAGGUUCUACUUAAGGUAGCUCACUAUGAAGUGAGAAGUGGAAAGGUCUAGAAUGCAAUUAGGAGGAGGUAGGUGGUGGUCAGGUAUUCCUGACAUGUCUGGAGCUGAAACCCAGGAGCUGGUUUCCCCCACACCUAGUCUUGCUCUGGAUGGUGACUUCCUAUGUUGACUUCCUAAGUAUCUAUAUGAUCCUCUCAGCUAACUAUAAAAGAAACAGAGGCAACGCUUGACCCUGCAGGCGCAGGUCCAGAUGUUCCUGCUUGCCUUCCAUUUCCCCGAGGAGAUCCAGAGGCUGCGGUCACCACCCAACUCCCAGCCUCAAAUCCUCCACCCUGUCACUCAGGAAUUCUCUUUGGUUGAUACAGUUCCUUGAAGGGCACCAGAGAUGUCUUAGGCCACAAGCACAACAGAGCCAGCAUAGGUCACUCGAACGGAGUAGCAAGCCUGCUGACACUGCUGGCCCACCUUCACAUCCCCAGGGUGCAGUGUGCAUGGCUGCCUUGCUUGACUUCCAAAGCAUUUCCAUUCAUUAAAACUGGGUCUUUCCUAGACCACAGUUAUGCCCUGCCCCCAUCCCACCCUUCCAUGUCUCCCACUCUCCCCCACCCCCACCUGUGUGCUCUCAGUUCUUCAAAGGCUCCUUCUUUUCGCCCUCUGCCUACUUUCCCACUGUGCCCUGCCAUCAUCCAUGUCCCGAGGGAAAUGCCCUCAAAGGCCCCUCUCCUCCACAGAGUUUGUGUGUAGUGUGCCGUACCGAGGCAAUGGGGUGACUUGGCAUGGCAUGAUGGACUGCAAAGGGGACAGAAGUCACCAUGAAACUGAAAUGCAUGCCCCCUAUAGUCCUUUCCGAGCCCAGAGGGGACAGAUAUCAUUUGACUAUUCAAAAUGAUAUCUGUUCCAAUAAUGAUGUGUUCUUUGUCUUGGACUGGCGGAAAUGGGGAAAUGGUGGAAAAGCUAUUGACAUAACUUGAACACAUGCUAGGUUUCUUUGGGCUGGGGCAGUAGCUGCAGCAUGCUGGGUGAUUGGGAGGUUCGCUGCUGGCUGGGUGGAGGAGACCCUAGACUGCAAUUCUAGGAUGGGACUGAGACCUAGAACUCUUAAGACACCACCUGGCCUUCCCCGCCAGCCUGGCCUCUGGAAGAUGCCUGGGUGGCUUCAGGAUGUGCUAGAGAAGCCAGAAUGUCAGGCCCAAUAAGCCUGGUGAGGGUUCCCUCACAGGCAGUACCCAGAGGCUGCUGCUGCCUUGCCUCAGAGAGCACACAGUUUCCCACCCUGAUAAUUCAUUUCACUCCAAAUUCCAGGGUGUAUCAGAGGCAGGGUCAGAAAGUCAUCUCAAAAUCAUGUUGCAAUCCCCCUGGGGCUGUGUGUCUCUUACCAGCCCCUGUUCCCACCCACUACUGACCAGUAUCUGGGACUGUUUAGAUGACAUCUCCCACUGCUUAGGAAGAG